AGAAGAACCGAUUCUCUCUCUCUAUCUCUAUAAAUCGAAGAAGGCUCCGUAAUAUUGGUACGUAGCAUCCCCUCAGUAGCACGGAAAGUGUUUCGCUGUCACGAGAAUUCGAUUGCCUCCGUUCUCUCUCUCUCUCUCUCGUCGGGGAUUUUGAUUGAUUUUGUUUCGAUCUGUUCCGUUCUUUUGACGGAUCGGGGGAGAUUUUUUUUUUUCUUUUUGCAAUCGGAGGUGGAUCGCGAUCGCUUUCUGAAUCGUGUAAACUUGAGCGGACGUUUGAUCGUAAUCGUGGAUUUCUUGGGGUUUGAUCGAUUGGAGUGGCCUGAAGGACGAGUUUGGUUUGAGAUUUUGGAAAAGCGAGGCGCAUGAACUGGUUGGGAAAGCUGGGUUUAAAUUUGAGUUCUAAUUCUAAUCACUUCAUUACGUGUCUCUUACUUUUUCUCCUCCAUUAUUCGCCUCAAUUGACUCCUUCUUUGUUUAAUUUGGACAAUAAAUCCAUAGAUCCCUUAUUACUGAUUUCGAAUCCAAAUUCCAAUCGUUUUCUUAAUAAUAACCCGACUACUUAAAUUUGAUCGCUGCUCAUCGUCGAAGAAUGGAGUCUGGUUCCAGGAGUAAUUCCCAACUUCGUAAAGCUGUUUGCUAUUCAAGUUCUGAGAAACGACAGGUGAGAUCACCUUCUGUGAUUGUCAUAGGUGGUGGCAUUGCUGGAGUAGCUGCUGCUCGUGCUCUUCAUGAUGCCUCCUUUCAGGUUAUCUUGUUAGAAGCACGGGAGAGACUUGGUGGGCGCAUAUAUACUAAUUAUUCAUUUGGUUUUCCUAUUGACCUUGGUGCUUCAUGGUUACAUGGGGUAUGCAAAGAAAAUCCGUUGGCCCCCUUAAUUGGAAAAUUGGGAUUACCUCUGUACCGUACCAGUGAGGACAACUCUGUAUUAUAUGACCAUGACUUAGAAAGUUAUGCACUCUUUGAUAUGGAAGGGAAACAAGUCCCUCAAGAAUUAGUGACAAAAGUUGGACAAGUAUUUGAGGCCAUCUUAGAAGAGGCUGAUAAAAUAAGAGAUGAAUAUACUGAGGACAUGACUAUAGCACGUGCAUUCUCAAUUGUUUUUGAAAGGAGACCAGAAUUGACGAUGGAUGGGCUUGCCCACAAGGUUCUUCAAUGGUAUAUCUGUAGGAUGGAAGGAUGGUUUGCUGCAGAUGCCAAUACUAUCUCACUGAAAUGCUGGGAUCAGGAAGAGUUGCUGCCUGGAGGUCAUGGACUAAUGGUAAGGGGAUACCUUCCUGUUAUCAACACUCUUGCAAAGGGUCUUGACAUCCGUUUGGGUCACAGGGUUACAAAAGUCAUGAGGCGAUAUCACGAAAUUAAGGUCACAGUAGAAGAUGGGACAACAUUUGUUGCUGAUGCUGCUAUUGUUACUGUCCCUCUUGGGGUGCUAAAAGCUAAUACCAUAAAGUUCGAGCCUAAGCUCCCAGACUGGAAGGAAGCCGCCAUAUCUGACCUUGGAGUAGGGGUAGAGAAUAAAAUUAUACUGCAUUUUGAACACGUUUUUUGGCCUAAUGUGGAGUUUUUAGGAGUGGUUGCAGAAACAACAUAUGAAUGCAGCUACUUUCUCAAUCUUCACAAGGCCACCGGUCAUGCCGUUCUCGUUUACAUGCCUGCUGGGCAGCUGGCCGAAGACAUUGAGAAAUUGUCCAAUGAAGCAGCUGCUAAUUUUGCUUUUACACAACUCAAGAAAAUUCUUCCGGAUGCUUCUGACCCGAUCAAUUUCCUAGUUUCUCGAUGGGGUACAGAUAUCGACACACUUGGAUCAUACAGUUACGACAUUGUUGGCAAGCCCCAUGAUCUGUAUGAGAAGUUGAGAAUCCCCAUUGAUAACAUAUUCUUUGCCGGGGAGGCAACAAGCACCAGCUUCCCAGGGUCUGUGCACGGUGCGUUUGCAACCGGUGUAUUGGCUGCUGAGGACUGUAGGAUGCGCGUCCUCGAGCGGUAUGGGGAACUAGAUAUAUUCCAGCCAGUCCUAGCUGAGGAGCCGGUAUCAGUACCGCUACUGAUCUCCCGCCUGUAAGUUGAAAGGUUUCUUAAACAUGUUGGUUCACUGUUGAUGGGUUUGGCUGGGCUGUAGUAUAGAAAAUCACUGCUUUUGCAUGGAUCAUUCAAAUCAAGUACUUUGGUCAUAUGUAAGUUGAAAGGUUUCUUAAGAAGUUGCACGCUUGAUAGUCGGGCGGUCGUGGUCAGGGAUAUUGCUCUGGUCUAGCUUGUCUCCUUGAUAUGAAAUAACAUUUCAACUGCCUAAUAUUUACUUACUAGAUAUCAAUAAAAUUUGUCCUUUGUCUCUGUUUUUU